AUGUCUCAGAAACCAGCACCAGUUUUCGAGCCGCCUCCGGGCCCUCCUCCACCCGGUUAUACACCAUCUGAUUACAAUGUCUCAUCUGCGGCCCCGCCGGCUGGACCGCCACCGCAAAAGGGAGAUGGGCCCAUUCUAAACCAAGCACCACCGAUGAACACGGGGCCCUAUAUGGCGCCAGGACCACAACCACAAAUGGGCUACAUGCCUCAGCCUCCGCCUCCGCCCCCAGGGGGAUACUAUGGGCCUCCACCGGGCGCCUACGGCCAGCCUCCCUAUGGCGCCUACAAUGCGGGACCCAUGCCACCAGGACAGUAUGUCGACAAUCGACGGGGCGCCGGCGGCUCCAAUCCGGGUUUCGCUGAUGGGUUAUUGGCUGCGUGUGCGUGUUGUUGCUGCUUAGAACUGCUAUUUUAG